AUGGAGGACUUCAAUGCCAUGGUGGGAGUGCGCGAAUGCGAGGAAUCCUGCAUCGGACAACACAGUAUUGGACGGCGAAACCAAAGGGGGCAAAUGCUGGUAAACUUCCUGGACAUGCAGGGGCUGUUCUGCAUGAACACUUUCUUUAAGAAGAAGCCCCAUAGGAAGUGGACCUGGCAAAGCCCCAAUGGUAUGACGAAGAACGAGAUCGACUUCAAGAAGAAGCGUUUCGGAAUCUCGGAUUUAGGAAUUUCGGACAAGAAGCGUAUAUUUUGGGAUAUCUCUGUGGUUAAUAGGUUUAAUACCGGUAGCGGCCAUAGACUCGUAAGAAGUACCCUAAAUAUCGACGUCAAGGUCGUGAGAAGCCGUAUGAUGAGAUCUCUUAUUCAUCCAACGCUGCUCCAAACCAUGCAUAGCUCCGAAGCGUUCCAGUUGGAACUGAGCAAUCGCUUCGCUUUGCUGGAAACCACGUAA